AGUAGGGCAGUAUCCUGGUAGUAGUGCAACUAGCUAGCAUGGCUUAUUGUAUGGAUUAAUUGUGCCUAUAUAAAGAUGACCCUUUUGAGUCGAGAGCUACAACAUUAACAAGCUCAAACAAGGAAGCUUAGAAUUAUCCUAAGUAUCCCAUCACCGAUCGAGAUGGGGACUUCGAAAUGGGUAUCGUUGAGCCUUCUAGUGCUCUUCAUUGCUCUCCAUUUAAGUUCAUAUACUCUUGCGGAUGACAAGCUCGACAAAGCUAGAUUCCGAGAUGAUUGUCAAUGGGGCCGACGAGGACCGUGUGGUCCUCGUGGUCCUCGUUUCGGUGGUGGAAGAGGAGGAGGACUUGGUGGUGGGGGAGGAUUUGGAGGUGGCCGUGGAGGCGGAGGAGGACUUGGAGGUGGUGGAGGUCUUGGCGGUGGAGGUGGUGGAGGUAUUGGAGGUGGUUCGGGCCAUGGUGGAGGUGUAGGGGGUGGUGCCGGAGGGGGUCUUGGUGGAGGUGGAGGUGCUGGAGGUGGAGGAGGCGGUGGUGUCGGAGGUGGUUCGGGCCAUGGUGGAGGAUUUGGAGCUGGAGGCGGUGUAGGGGGUGGUGCUGGAGGUGGUCUUGGUGGGGGUGGUGGUGGGGGUGCCGGAGGUGGAGGUGGUGGUGGUGUUGGAGGUGGUUCGGGACACGGUGGAGGAUUUGGAGCUGGAGGAGGUGUAGGCGGUGGUGCUGGAGGUGGUGUUGGGGGAGGUGGUGGCUUUGGUGGUGGAGGAGGAGGAGGAGUUGGUGGUGGUUCAGGCCAUGGAGGAGGUUUUGGAGCUGGAGGAGGAGUAGGUGCUGGUGCCGGAGGAGGUGUUGGUGGUGGAGGCGGAGGAGGUGGUGGAGGUGGAGGUGGGGGUGGAGCCGGGGGUGGUUCUGGUCAUGGUGGAGGAUUUGGAGCCGGUGGUGGUGUAGGAGGUGGAGCCGGAGGAGGUAUUGGAGGAGGUGGUGGUGGUGGUGCCGGUGGUGGCGGAGGAAUUGGAGGAGGAUCAGGCCACGGUGGUGGUUUUGGUGGUGGAGGAGGAAGAGGGGGUGGCCAUGGAGGAGGAAUUGGAAUUGGGAUUGGGAUUGGAAUUGGAGUUGGAGCUGGUAGUGGCCAAGGAUCUGGUAGCGGCUCAGGUAGCGGUGGAGGUGGUGGACAUUGAAACACUGAUAAUGUACUAGUCUUUUUCUCAAAGCUGAAACGUGUCAUUAAUUAUGGUAGUGUUGAAGGAGUGAGAAGUUAAGGGAAAAAAAAAGCUUUUCAUACAUUAUGGUGUUGUUGUAUUGUUGAGAUACGACUUUUAAGACUACAUAUUGCAUUGUUUACAAAUCUAUAUCUCAAUUGUUGUUAUUACUGUUGAAAAUAAAUAGCAAGUUUCUUUCAUUUUAAA